CUCUACUCCUCUUUCAGUUCUUGCAGCAGCCCAAAGGUUCCAGCCACUGGAACUGGGGAGGUUUGACGUCCCUCUCAAGGACCCCCGCGUGUGGGCUAGCCUCAGAGAUCCAGGUGAAUGAGCCCCUUCUGGUGCCACCCCCCCCCCGGAAGGCGACGGCAGACAGAGGGGACAGUUAUGUAAGCGCAGUCUCCGCGAGCCCCCUACCAGCUGCUGAGCUUGACUGUGCGCGACCCCUCCCCCAACUCCCAGGCCGGUCAGUCGGUCGGUCUUUCACCCUGCGAAAUUACGAAAGAGCGGCCCACCCCGGUGCUAUAAAAAGGGGCGGUGAGCCGCGCGCCUCCGCUUUGGCUUUGCAGUCUGCGACAGCAACCCCGAGGAUCUGCCGGACGCUCAGAUUGAGGCGCGCAGCAUCUGAGACGGACCAAAGGAACAGCAGGAUGCAGCGGGCUUCGGCUCUCCUGCUGCUGCUGGCGCUGGGCGUCUGCCGAGCGGAGCGCGAUUGCCGCGUGGACAGCUUCCGAGUGAUGGAAAACUUCGACAAGGCCCGAUUCUCCGGGACCUGGUACGCAAUGGCCAAGAAGGACCCUGAGGGGCUCUUCCUGCAGGACAACAUCGUCACCACGUUCUCAGUGGAACCCGAGACUGGCAAGAUGAAAGCCACGGCCAGGGGCAGAGUCCGGCUUCUCAAUGACUGGAAUGUGUGCGCGGACAUGGUGGGCACCUUCACGGAUACAGAAGACCCUGCCAAGUUUAAAAUGAAGUACUGGGGAAUGGCGUCCUUUCUCCAGAGAGGAAAUGACGACCACUGGAUCAUAGACACUGACUACGACACCUACGCGCUUCAGUACUCCUGCCGCCUCAGAAACCCCGACGGCACCUGUGCCGACAGCUAUUCUUUUGUGUUUUCUCGGGAUCCUCAUGGUUUGCCCUUCCGUGCUCAGAGAGUGAUUAGGCAAAGGCAAGAAGAGCUUUGCUUAGGCAGGCAGUACCGGAUGAUUGUUCAUGAUGGUUACUGUGGUUAAUAGAAACCCCAAGCAAUGGAAACUCAUUUCAUCACUACACCACGAAUGUAGUUUCAUUUAAAAACUUCAAAAAACCCUCAUUUAACCUUCAGAUCUAUUUAUCUGAGUUGCCUACUUUGUUUCCAAAAACAUAGAGAACCCUUUACCAAACAUAAAUUUAUAAAGGAAUGCAUGCUUGUUGUAACAAAAUGUACACAUAUUUACUAUCAGUUUCUUUUAAAAAAUACAGAUGAUAAAAAUUUCAAAAUGUUAUAAAAUGUAAUCUUCCUUUUACUCUUGUUCUGGUUUUUGUUAACAUCCAAAUUAGAAGUAUUCAGCUCUCUUCCAUAUAGGCACAGUGAGGAGAGAAUAUAUUUUGAUUCAUGUAAAAAUAUUCUCAAGGAUGGAGACUUCUCAAGAAUGCUGAAGUCUCCCCACAAAAUCCCAUGUGAAGAAGGGUUAAUGGUUAAACUCUAAGCCUGAUAAUAGUUAUGGACUGGAUUUGUCUUUGGAGAAACUAGAUUCAAAUCCAUCUUCACCUCUAAUUACCCCCUGGAAUUUGGGGUAAAUUAAUCAACCUCCAGAUGCUUAUUUCUAAAGGGAGCAGUUUAGGAAAGUAUAUCUCUCUCCUAAUUUUCCAUCUUUUUCCCCUACUACUUUUGAUUAAUAAAAUUAUUAAUUUAUAGCCAGUCUCCUAAUUUUGCCUCUUAUAACCACCAAAAUGAGGAGGUUGGAUUUAGAGUUGAAAGAACCAAACUAGUCCAAUGUGGUCAUUUUAUAGCUUUAGAAACUGAGGUUAGGAGCUCCUGGUCAUCUAUUGGGCAUCCAGCUCUUGUCUUUAGAGCAGACUAGUGAGUAGGGGUGAGGAAGAACUAGGAUCUCCUUGUAUUAGGGUGAAGGGGCACUCCGUUCUUCCCUCUCCCCAGCACAAUGAUCAAUAAAGGACAACAGCUAAAUUUCAGUGACAUGAGGAAGGAGAUGCUAAGGGGCCUAGGUUAGUGCUCAAUUCACAAUGGAUGCUCCCAAUUUCAGGCAGACAGAAGGGAGCCUGUGGCCUCCACGAGGAUGCUCAAAGUCUUGACUAAACAUGGUUUCUCAAAGACUCUACUAGGCAGGGGCCUGUGCCAUGGCUUGACCUGCAUAGGCUUCAUGGCAUCCUACAUGUGUGAAGAUAUAUGGAAGAAUACCGAGGGGGUCUACAAAUGAGAAAUACACCCAAUAAGGAGAUUUCUGUCCAUUUUAACUACUACCUUUCUGAAAGGAAGAAAUAAAUGGCUGAGACAACCCAGAAGGAUUUCCAUUUCAAUUUCUAUACCAUACUGUUCUGAAAGACACUUAUCUGGUCUUCUUCACCUUAGACAACCUCUGGAUCACAAAAAGAAAUGAAUAAAGCUUUUCACAAAAUA